UCAAUCACUGCAGCAUCGCUCGACUUUAGUGACGGUGACGCCAUGGAUGAGGCCCAAUAUGCGCUCCCCCGAGAGAAUGCGCGGCAGUGCCCUCCUGCCUUCACAUACAUGCACACACACACACGACACACACGAUACAUGAUGCUUAUGGUAGUGAUGUAGUCGCCUCACUCACUUAGGCCACCGCUCUUGAUGCCCAGGUCCCCGGUGCGCUGGGCCGCCAUUGCUCGCGCCAACAAGGCCAACGCUAGUAGACGCGCCGCCUCCUGCACAAAAAGCACACCGAACACACAAAGAGGCAGUGUCGUGCAAUGCAUCUGCCUUUGGGCCUACCUGGCUGCAGAGAAGACACAAGAGGAAAAUCCAAUGAAGCGAAGACGAAAUCACGUUGUGUGACAUAAGAGGGCUUACGGUCAACUCCGGGAAGAGAAGAUGGAGCGACGACUUGGUAUCUCUUCGGCAGGCUUUCAAGGCUGCAGAGAGGCAGUGGUGUCUUUGGUUUGCUGCUGUCUGAGACACGCUUACCGUAGACUUCGAUGAAGUUGAACUCAAAACGGCACGCUGCCAAAAAGCCUCUCAUCAAGAGAUUUGGCGGCACUUCGCUGAAAGGAUUGCACUGCGGAUCCCAGAACUCGCACAACACCAUGAGCGACGACGACCUGGUCAACCUGAAAGAGCAGUGUGCAAAAGAGGUAGGGCACACGACACAUCGGUGUGCUAUGUUCUCUCCACCAACGUGUCGUGUUCUCCCAUUUCGCUGCAUAUCUGAAGAUGACCAACUCACGGAAGCUGCCAUACUCGUCACCAAAGUCUGCACACAGACACACAGCGGCAGACACCAUCCAUGUCAAGUUGCCUCUCCUGUGGUGCUUUGCCCUCCCUCUCUCACAACUACACAGGGGAUCUCCCGAGGCCAGACGCAGUGAAACGGCGCUUCUUGAUCUCCGCCUUGCACUCGUCGAGAGUCCGGCAGCUCAGGACGGCCCCUGUGAGUGUCGUGAUAACGUACUUCUCCCGCCGCCUCUCACCGACACCGAGCCGCUUCUGCUUGGCCCUCCCGACCUUCCGCCCCUUGUUGGCUUGACGAGCGUGUUGCGGGGCCUGCCUGGCCUGAACGCAUGCACACAAAUACACACAGAACUGGUCACCCCUACAGUCACCACCGUCCUUGCCUUAGCAGAACGUCCCUCUCUCCUCCACCUUUCGUAUGCCUGUUCUGGUAUACCAUCCACGACCACUUCAGCCGCUCGCCAUGGACCCCGAGCCCAGACGCAGUGACGUACCUUUGUGGGCAGUACACUGACCGCCAU